AUGAGUGUGUACCUGCUGCUCCUAUGUCUGGCUUUGCUGCAGCAGGAGGGAAGAGCCAUGUCAGACCCUCCUGGCUGCAAUAGCCCUGAGGCGGUGAGGGUGGCGGAAGAGGCCCUGGAGCAGAUCAACCAGGACCUGACAGAUGGAUACAUCCUGAGCCUCAACAGGCUGUAUGACCUCUCUCACACUCCUGAAAAGGAGAAAGGUGGGUCACUCUACAAACUGACUAUUGAUGUCAUGGAGACCAGCUGCCACAUCACCAGCAGGAGACCAUGGAAACAAUGUGAAGUCAGGGAUGUUGCUGUUGUUCCAGCGUAUGGAGAGUGUGAGGUAUCUGCCUUUGCCUUUGACUCUGAAGUCAAACUUCAAAGCUACUCCUGUGCACUUCGUAAAGUUCCCGCCACUGUAGUGUUGGAUGAGUGUCCGGACUGUCCCACAGUGGACAACCUAAACGAGCCCGUCGUCAAGGAGACCGCCAAACUCUCCCUGCAGAGGUUCAAUGAAGAGAGUCGGCUGGCCAACUACUUCACUCUGGGGAACAUUACGAGAGCCAGUUCACAGUGGGUUAAUGGUCCAUCCUACUUUGUGGAGUUCACCAUCCUGGAGACGGUGUGUUCAAAGAGCACAGAUGCCAGUGAACUGAGCCACUGCCCACCUAUGGACUGUCAGUUUGCACAUAGAGGCUUCUGUGUGGGCUCACACGUGGCACACGAUGAACAGUUUGAAAUAAGACUCCCUGUCAGAAAGAAGGACAGCUCAUUCAAGAACCGGAAGUCUGUCGAGGUGAAUUGUGAGAUCUACGAACCUCAGGCUGCCGCUGUGGAGGAGCAGGCCCAUGCGAAAGCAGACAGUGGGCAUGCUGGGCAUCAGCCCCACAACCACACACACCUGCAUCCCCACGAACACAUGCACUCAGUCACACACAGCUCAAACCGCACUGCCACGCCCAGGGGCUCCCUCGGUACUGUGGUGGAUCAGCCGGCCCCUCUCCGAUCUUCCCCAGCAGCCAGCUCCUGCCCCGGCCCGCCCACACACAAACUGGUCAUGGAAGGAGUCAAGCUCUGA